AGAACCUGUUCGACAUGUAUAACCACAUAUUAUGUCUGAAAAUGCAUACAUGAACAGCUUCGAAUUUUGUCAACUAAUGUAAAGCUGUUGAAGCCAAUAUUUUAAGAAGGUUGAACGUAACCUACAAUGGCUGUGUUUUGACAAAAUUCACAGCUCAGUUUGCCCAUAUCUCACAGUUUCCUUUAACUGGUAAAACAAAAAUAUUAGAGAACGGGAAGACAGUCAUGGAAAACAAAAAUGAUACCCCGCACGAUGUGUUGCUUAUCAGCUCUGAGAAAAGGCAAGAGCACAGCAAAGUAGAAAUGACCAAAGAGCCAGUGACAGCGAAUAAAACAGACCUCCCCUCUCCACAAAACCUGUCGUCGCUGAAGUACAGCCGCUACUGUUUCUCGCCACUUGCUCGCUCGAUCGCAGACUGUUGUCAUGGAGGAGCAAAAAUGGCGGCCCUGGCCUAUAGCCUCGGCAAACGGGAGAUUAAUCAGUAUUUCAGUGUGAAAAAUGCCAAACUGUUAGCGGUGGGUGCCGUUGUCCUUCUCGCUGUCUGCCAUGCUGUCUCCCGGCACUACGGAGGUGGUGACUCUUGUGAGUGGCUUCUUUCCAGUGGCAGAUUGCUGGGUGAAAAUGUGUGGCAGCCCUAUGGUUGUAUGAUGCACAGAUAUAAAAGCAGUGAAGCCAAGACCUGCCUUAAGGACAAACAUGUAGCAUUCAUUGGGGACUCCAGAAUCCGGCAGUUAUUUUAUUCAUUUUUAAAAGUUAUUAAUCCUCAUGUCAAAGAGGAAGGAAAGAAGCAUGAAAACAUUCUUGUUGAAGAUGGAAGUGCUUCUUUGAAGGUGGAGUUUUUGUGGCACCCUGAAGUGAAUAACUCUAUGAAGCAAAGCCUCAAGUCCUGGACAGAGGACAGUACUUCAAAACCUGACAUAAUUUUAUUGGGAGCUGCAUUGUGGUCUAUAAAGAUACAUAAUGGCAGCAAUGAAGCUCUUGCUCAGUAUAAAGCAAACAUUACAGGGAUUGUUCCACUUCUAGAGAAAUUAGCAGAAACAAGCGAUGUUUACUGGAUUUUGCAAGAUCCUGUUUAUGAAGACUUGCUGGAUGAGAGCAGAAAAAUGAUUACCAACCAAAAUGUAGAAGCGUACAACAGUGCUGUUGUUAGCAUACUAAACAGCAAUUUAAGAAAUGCAAAAGCUAAAGUAAAGAUCCUAAGUGCUUCCAGAACAGUAGCAGAAGAGAGUGUGGCAGAGUCUGUGGAUGGCUUGCAUCUCCCUGAAUCCACUAGAGAUAUAACUGCAAUGAUUCUCAUCAAUUCCUACUGCAAUAAAAUUGUAAAGCCCAUUGAUGGUUCCUGUUGCCUUCCGCACCCAUAUCUUACUCUGUUACAGAAGCUUGUUGCUUGCUUUUUUGCUGCAUCCAUCAUUGGUUUUGUUAUCAUUAGUUUUAUAUCCCGUAACCAUCGAAAGAAGAACAAAGGUAGCACCGAUGUCGAAUGUGGUGAGGAGAAGAAACCUGCAAGUGCUGUUCCUGCAGCAUCCAGUUUAGAAAUACUGUUCCAGAGUCUCUGCAAACUUGCUUUGAUCAUGGCAUAUUUCUAUCUGUGUGACAGAGCAAACAUUUUCAUGAAGGAGAACAAAUUCUAUACACAUUCCACUUUUUUCAUACCUCUGAUCUACAUUUCGGUGUUGGGGAUAUUUUACUGUGAAAAUGUAAAAGAGACAAAACUGCUUAAUCGAGAACAGACAGAUGAAUGGAAAGGCUGGAUGCAGCUAGUCAUUCUGAUUUAUCACAUUUCUGGAGCAAGUACAUUUCUGCCAGUCUACAUGCACAUUCGUGUCUUGGUUGCAGCAUAUCUGUUCCAGACUGGUUAUGGACACUUUUCUUUUUUCUGGUUGAAAGGAGACUUUGGAAUCUAUCGAAUCUGUCAGGUGCUUUUCCGUCUGAAUUUCCUGGUGAUGGUGCUCUGUCUUGUAAUGAAUAGACCGUACCAAUUUUAUUAUUUUGUUCCACUUGUAACAUUCUGGUUCUGCAUCAUUUAUGUGACUUUAGGUCUCUGGCCUCAAGUUAUCCAGAAAAAAACAAAUGGUAACUGCAUCUGGCACAUUGGCUUGAUUUCAAAACUCUUGUUCAUGCUCUUAUGUAUAUGCUUUUUGGCAUAUUCUCAGGGUGCCUUUGAAAAUAUCUUCAGUAUAUGGCCAGUAUCAACAUUAUUUGAGUUGCAAGGAGGUGUCCAUGAAUGGUGGUUUCGGUGGAAAUUAGAUCGUUUUGCUGUCCUUCAUGGAAUGUUGUUUGCGUUCCUCUACUUGGCUUUACAGAAGUGUCACGUACUUUCUGAAGGAAGGGAAGAGCCACUUUUCCCUUAUAAAGUCUCCAACUGCUUAUUAUUUAUCUCGGUAGUUUCAUUUCUGACCUACUCUAUCUGGGCCAGCAGUUGUAAAACCAAGACUGAGUGCAAUGAGUUACACCCUUUUAUCUCUGUAGUCCAGAUUUUAGCUUUUGUCCUCAUCAGGAACAUUCCUGGUUAUGCCCGAUCUGUAUAUAGCUCCUUUUUCGCAUGGUUUGGAAAAAUUUCCUUAGAGCUUUUCAUUUGCCAGUACCACAUAUGGCUAGCAGCAGACACCAAAGGAAUCUUGGUUUUAAUCCCAGGAAACCCUAUGCUCAACAUCAUUGUUAGCACAUUCAUAUUUGUGUGUAUAGCCCAUGAGAUUUCACAAAUAACCAAUGAUCUUGCACAGAUUGCCAUUCCUAAGGAUGUUCCCUCCUUAUUGAAAAGAUUACUGGGAUUUGUUGUAUUAUUAUUUGGGAUUCUCUUGUUGACAGCUCAAGAGCAAUGAGCUGUAAUUUCAGAUACCUGAAAGAGAUGUUCCACCAUCCUUUGCUUAGGCAUUAAUUUGACAAGCUAAAGGGUUUUCUGUGAUGCUGAGCAACACAAUUUAAAAUUAUAUUUUAUUGGACAAGAACACAAUCUGGGAGUGAUGCAAAAAUGUAUCUCAUAUAUUUCUUAAUGUGUUCCUUGAGAGCAGAACAGACUCUUUGCUCAUGAUAAAAAAUAUUUUCGAUAUAUUAAAGUUUUUUUGGUUUACACGAAGCACGUGAAGACAGAUGAGCUGUAUGACAGCUUCAUUUUGUGUAAUGAAGGAAAUUCAACGUGAAAGCAGCUGGAAGAAUUUUAGUGGAGCACUGUGACAGAGAGAACAGAACAUACAUAUCACUGGUUUCAUGAAAUUUUGAAAAAAAAAUACACUUAUUUUCCUGAGCAUAUAAAGACAGUGAACAUUUCAGUCAGGAAAAUUAGUGUUGUUGCUUGAAGUGAUGUUAGACAAUUAGCACUUGAUGGGUGAAACCACAUUAUAAUGCCAACAGUUUUUAAAAACAUUUCCUAGUUUAAAGUCUUCAGACAAAUAAUGAAAAAAAAAAUGUCUGCACCACAUAAGGGCAAUUAGCAGGUAAAUAAAUCAGCAAAUUCUUUCCUGGCAAGUUCUCCAGUUUUUUUAGAGCACAGUACCACUUGAAUGUGGCAUUGCUGACACACUGCUUAAAAGACUGCUGCCACUAUUCAACUGAAAAUUGUUUUAGUCAAUGAAGGGAUUUCUACUUAAAAUUCUGUCAGGUUUUUCAUUAGAACAUUUGGCAUCUGUCAUUUGAUCGUAAAUAUUAUCUGUGGUACAAGUAUGCAUAAAGGAUGCCCAUCUCGUCAGGAUUCAAGGCAUGUUUCUGCAUUCUCCUUUCUUUUAUCAACAUUCUUAAUUAUUUUAUUUUCCAUUUGUCACAUGCAGAAGUACGACAAAGCACUACAGCAGAUGGGUGUUGAUACUUACAAUAAGAAGUGGUAAACGUGACAUGCAUCUUAAAUGUAAUUAGGGUUUUAAGAUAAGUUUGUCUUUUAUUAUGGUUCUAUUCUUAAUGCAUUAAGGAAGCUGAAUUAUUUAUCUGUUGUACAGAUUUUGUUUACUUCAAUGCCAGUUGUUAUAAUUUACAGAAUUUUGCACUUUUUUCUGGAUGUUGGGUAAAAGAUGUAUAUUUUCUGUUAAAAAAGAUUUUGGUUUAAAAUAUCGUAUUAUUUAAAAUGUGUUUGUUUUAUGAAUGCUUGUUUAAAAAGACAAAUCAAUGGAACUCGGAGAAAGCAAUGAAGGAUUGAUUGUACAGUGGAUUAGAUUUUUUUGUGCUGCAAGCAUCUUUAAUAAAUGGUGCUGAAAUCUUG